AUGAGCCUCGCACGAUCGCCAUGUCGGCCGCCCGGUCUGACGCGCGCCGUUCUUUUCGCCGUGGUCCUUGUUGGGCUCCUGUGCUACUAUCGCUCGUCCGGGCCACCAAAUGCUGUGUUCUUCCAGCAAGCGCGACCGCUCACGACAUCAUCGCAUCCGAUUGACGAAUUGAUCGCGGGAGCGGAGAGCUCGUUCCGGGAAGUCCUGAAGAAAGAGAGCCAUGACCUGGAGACCGCCGCAGCCCAGUACCGCGAACGGCGUGGGCGCCAUCCCCCGCCCGGUUUCGAUGUCUGGUUCAAAUUCGCCCAGGAGAAGAACGCCGUGAUGGUGGAGGACUUCUUUGAUCAGAUCUACCACGACUUGGGCCCCUUCUGGGGCCUGCCGCCGGGAGUCAUUCGAAGAGAGGCCGACAACUUCGACAUGACGAUAAAGGUGAGGAAUCAGACUGCUACCGCAGGCAGCGACUGGUUUUGGACAAAGAUAUGGCUGAAUAUGACCUCCACCAUCGAACAUAUGUUGCCGGAUAUGGAUCUGCCCCUGAACGCUAUGGACGAGCCCAGAAUCGUGGCUCCGUGGGAAGAGGUCAAUCGAUUGAUGGACAUCGAGCGCGCCGCCCGGAAAAUCACACCUACCGAAGAGGUCGUGACACACUUUCAAACGCUCCCAGAGCACCCUGAUGUGGAUGUUCAGUCUAGAAACAGGAACUUCACCCAAACGCGACCGUUCUGGCAGGUCGCCAUUCGGGGCUGUCCCCCUGACAGUCUUGCACGCAAAGCUGCACAGUUAGAGCUGCACGGCCAAACCCCCGCCAUCUCCCUUACCCAUACGACACCGCAUACUUAUAAGGGCUACAUUUCCAACUUUACCCUCUCCGGGGACUUCUGCCACCAACCGGACCUCCAAGCUCUCCAUGGCAUGAUGAUCUCGCCCCUUUCCGUUUCCGAAUCCCAGGUCUUCUCGCCCAUGUUCGGCGGCUCCAAACUCCCCACCAACAACGAAAUUCUCCUGCCCGCCCCGAUGUACUGGAACGAGGAAGAAAGAUUUACUGGCGGUGGCGCAACGGGGUCUCCUUGGACCGAGAAACUGAAUAAGGUCAUCUGGCGUGGCGUUGCAACUGGAGGAACCAACACCGCGGACAACUGGAGAGGGUUCCAACGCCACCGCUUUGUGGCCAUGGCCAACGGCACGAAGGUAUCCAAUGCGGAAUCGUGGACUGAGGUUCCUGAAAAUUGGGCAAUGCCAACCACGCAGUAUAAUCUCGCCGCGCAAGAGGAAGGCCAGCUGGGAGAAUGGACAAAGGAGUGGGCCGACGCAGGCUUUGUCGAUCUCAUGUGUAAACCUAUCGAGGCCAACGCGACGUGCAGUUACACAGGAUCACAUUUUGAAAUCCAGAAAGGUUUACCCAUGGCCAAACAGUUCGACUUCAAAUACCUCCCUGAUAUCGAUGGCAAUUCCUUCUCCGGCCGCUACCGUGGCUUCCUAAUGUCCACUUCCCUCCCUAUCAAGGCAACCAUCUUCCGCGAGUGGCACGAUUCCCGAUUGAUGCCUUGGAUCCAUUUCGUGCCCAUGGACAAUCGGUUCAUGGAUUUUUAUGGUAUCAUGGAAUAUUUCUUGGGCUAUACGGGCAAGGAUAAGAAUGUUCCUGCCCAUGAUGAGCAAGCGCAGAAAAUUGCCAGCGCAGGUCAGGAGUGGGCAAAUAAGGUGCUAAGGAAGGACGAUAUGCAGAUUUAUGUUCUGAGGUUGUUACUCGAGUACGCGAGAUUGAGUGAUGAUCAGAGGGAGAAGUUGGGGUUUGUGGAUGAUCUAUUACGAUAG